CAACUGCUUGUAGUGCCGCGCUUAGUGUAGAAUCAGACAUGUGUAAAAUAGAUGUGUCACCGAAAUAUGCCUCGAAUAUGCGGAACGCGAUGAAGUCAUUCAACAGAUUUCUUUCGUUCCUACCGGACGCCCGAAACAAGUCAAAAUUUGGCGUCGAAGAAUUCGUCCCAAUCUACCUCCUCAACGAUACCAAACAAAUAGUUAAGUGACUUGAAGCUCAGAGCAUGAAAAAAAUCAUGUUUGGCCGAAAAGAAAGUGGUCCCUCGCUGAAUAGUUCGGCAGUGCCACCGCCAGCUUACACCAUAGAUCGCUACUCUUCCUACUAUCCGAUGAAUCACAAGAAUCGAGGGAAGGCCAUAAUUUUCACCCACGCCGUGUUCGCUGUGCCAAAUGUAAAGCUUCCAGCCAGAGAAGGCAGCGAAGUGGACUGCAAAGCGCUGACCGAAUCGCUGGAACGGCUGGGCUUCGAUGUGGACCUGUACCGGGACAAGCGAUUGAAGGACAUUCUUCAUAUCACGGAGAAAGUUUCGUUGAUGGACCACUCGAGCUCGGACUGUCUGCUGGUGGCCGUGCUGACACACGGUGACGAGGGGGAAAUUAUCUACGCCCACGAUUGUCCGUACCAGAUUUCGAGCGUUUGGACACAGUUCACCGGCGAUCGCUGCCCGACGCUGAUUGGAAAGCCAAAGAUUUUCAUCAUUCAAGCCUGCAGGGGGAACGAGCUGGACCAGGGCGUGAAGGUUGAAAAGGAUGGCGUCGCACGGUACAGCAUUCCUACGCACGCGGACUUUCUGUUUGCUUUUGCCACCAUUCCCGGGUUCAUGUCGUUCCGUAACACCCGCAACGGAUCGUGGUUCAUACGGGAGUUUUGCAACGAACUGAACGAAAAUGGACAGCGAUACGAUCUGUUGACGCUGCUUACAUUCGUGGUCCAGAAGGUGGCCUACGGGUACGAGUCGAUUGCUCCCAACACGCCGGAAUACCACCUCAAAAAGCAAACACCAUGCAUUGUGUCGAUGCUGACCAGACUGUUGUUGUUUAACUAUGUUUAAGUUUUUAACACUUUUUAUGUUUAUGCAGCUGACGAAAUGACACCGCUAGUUCGCGAGAUUUACAUUAAUAUCGUUUCGAAACCAGAUAAAAUGUUCUUUACCAACGACACUAUUAUAAUAAUUGUAUUAAAAAAUACAUUUCGAAUACUAAAAUUAA